AUGUCCGACUCUCCACUCGACUGCUUGGAGCGACCGACAGCAUCUACACCAUCUCUCCCCCCAUCCUCCCAGCUGGCGAGUCGGGAGGGCCUGCUGGUGCCGGUGUCCCCAAUCCCCACAGUCACCAUUGAUCAUCGAUACUUUCCUCACAUCAUCGAUCUCAUUUGGUCAUACAUGCCCUACCCCAGUCUUGUCGCAUGCGCCAACGCCUGCAAGUUGUGGAGGGCGAGAAUGAGAGAGCACUGGGAACACUGUGCCCUGAUCGUGUACGAGGACGGCAGCGUAGUCGAACGAAGUCAAAGCCUGGAUUAUCCUGCGAUCUCGGCCAUCCUGUCGAGUGCCCAAUCAGUCGAUGAGAGUACUCUCACGGACGAUGUUAUCAACUCCUGCACGAUCACCGACAUCUACAUCAAUCUACCAACAAACCUGCGAUAUACGCGUUCCGCCCACGACUGGCCGGCAAACUUCACUCGGGAUUUCGUCAUUUUCGACGAGUAUCCAGACGAGUCCUUCCCUGCUUCUGACACGACUGUUUUCCUCGAAUACUUCAGCGGGCACUUCUACGCCCAUACCAUUCCUGAGAUCCUGGCGGCACCCCUCGAGCUUUCUCUCACGGUUCGCUGUCACACCGAUCCAACCGCGUACGCACCCUUGAUCACAACUGCCCAUAUGAACGCCGUCAUGUCCAUAUUCCCCGAUGGCUCGAUCUACGAAGUGGAACAUUUCACCAUCAUCCUCGACGAUGUCCGGCGCCCCGGUCAUUCGCCUGGUGCCGAGUAUUAUCGCGGCAGCACUUGCUGCCCAACCACCCAGCACGACUCCAGAGUUGACCGGAGCAGCAACAUGGACGCCAUUGACCGAGAUGACUGGACCGACCUGAGCGAGGAUACCGAUGUCCCUAAGCUCGGCUCAACCUGUGAACUGUCCCUCUUGGCUCUGCGUAUGCCCAAACUGAAGACUCUACGAUUUGUCGGCUUCGAGUGCUUCCUCGAACUUGACCCCUACGCCUCCGCUCUCUACAACGCCUUAGAUAAGGAAGCAGACGUGACCUGGCGUCAGUGGAACUCUCUUCGCGAUUUGACGUUAACCGAGUCCUCAACCCAUGAAGAAUACAGGGCCAAAGUCGGAGAGACCCGCUACCGUUUACAAAUGAGGAAAUGA